UGAAAUUCUCAGCACCCAAGCCAGAAAAUGAUGGAUCACUUCUUCGAUUACGGGCACCAACAUGAGAUGUUCUGGUUUGAGUAUCCACCGAUGAACUCUAAUCCACCCACUCAAGAAUUCCAUUCAGAAAACAGUGCUUUUGCACCAUACAGGAGCCAACCCAUUCCAGGAGACGGAGGGGUUGGAGGGAGUAAUCGGAGGAACAUGAACAGUAGGAUGAUGGAGUUGUUGAGAGGCAAUUGGAGCGCGAUCAGAAAUUCCGGAGAAUCCGAUCGAGGGCGGUCUUACAGGCACAUGAUGAGAGAGCGAGCCAGGCGAGAGAAUCAGAAGCAGAGUUACUUGGCUCUGCAUUCUCUGUUGCCCCAUGGGACCAAGAGUGAUAAGAAUUCGAUCAUUGAAAUGGCGAAGCAUGAAAUCCAGAAGCUGCAGAGCUCCAAGGAGGAGCUGAAGAGGCGGAAUCAGGAGCUCAAUGCGAAAUUAAGGGAGGGAACAAUGGUGCUCAAUAUAGGAUUAAAGGUCGGGAAUCCUUCUUCUGGGAUUGAUUCAAUGGAGGAAGUUCUGAAAUGCCUCAAAAAUAUGGACUUGAAAACAACUUCCAUCCAGUCCCAAUUUUCUCCUCAGCAAAUUUCAGCAGCUGUCAAGAUACAAACCCAGAAUGGAGCUGGAACCCUACAUGAAGUUAAGAGGAACCUCAACUCCAAUUUCCGGGAAGGAUGGUUUGGCUAAAAAUGUCAAGCCCUCGAAGAAAAGGUGAAGCCCAUGACUCCAUCACCAAGAAGAUUGGCCACUUUUGACCCACCCUUUCCCCUAAGUUAUGUGAUCUGAGUAACGUCACGUGCAUGGAAGAUGAAGCUUCCUUUUCUAAUUUAAUUUAAUAAUUUCUCUCAUUAAGGUUUACAAGUCAACACCCUACAUUAUUUUUUCA